AUGGCGAUAUUGAAGACAAAGGAUUUAUCGAAGACCCAGGAAUUAUAUCUUUGUCUACAGUUGCUAGAUCUUGGAAAGAAGUUACAUUCUUUACCCGCAUCUGAUGAUGUAGUUUUAAAAAUCCUUGAGAGCGCUGAAGACCUUUUGAAAACCGUGGGACAAGAGCCUUCACAGGCAAUAUGUGAUGCACUUCAUCGUGCUAGGAAUGGGCUAACAGGUGACUGGCUUUUGAAACACGAAAAUAUGGAUAUCAAAGUUUCGUUAAUGUAUUGCAUUCACGAGAUCAUUAGAAUCACAGCUCCUGAUGCCGCUUACUGCAAUAAUCACAUGAAGAUAAUAUUUCGGCAAACCAUAGAGAAUGUAUUUGGGAAACUCACAUUGCUUUCUGAUACCGCUUAUGAGAAGGCGUUGCGAAUUCUCAAGACAGUUGCUAAGGUGAAAUGUAGUUUAGUUUUGUUGGAUUUGGAGAGUAAUGCAUUGAUCGUCCAGAUGUUUCAGAUCUUCCUUGACUCCAUAGAGCACAACUAUACAGAUGAUGUCUUCUCAAACAUGGAGGCAAUCAUGACUUGCUUGAUUCAGGAAGGCGAUGACUUCUCGCUGGAUCUUGUGAAGCCUCUUUUUGAUGCAGUGAAUAUUGAGAAUCAGGGCAUUUCAGCACCAUCACGGCGAUUAGCAUUACAAGUGUUGAAAAAUUGCUCUGAUAGGGUGAAACCUUACCUCAUUGAACAAGUGGAACAGACAAGGAAAAACUUUGAUGCUCUUUGCAAUAUACUUGCUUCCAUUGAGCCUCAAUCACCUACUGGAGAAAAUGUUCUGAUAGAGAGAGAAAAUGAUGAUGCCUCUAGUCACAAGCCAAUGCUGGAGGAGGUUGACACAUCUUCGCCCAGAGACAGCUAUAAAAGUUCAUUAGUCAAGGCUUCAAUGGCAUUAAUGCUAAUGAAUCAUGCUUCAUGGGAUUCAAUCAGCCAUGAAAAGAUUGAAACGCUGCAAACAAAUGAUGCAUUACAAAGUGAAGAUGGAUCAGGAGCAGAAGCGUUUGGAGCAGUUGCUCCUGAUGGAAAUGUGAACAGUUCUAAUGCACUCCAAUAUGAUGAUGUUCAUUCCCUAGAAAUCGUUGAAGGAGAACAAGUUCAGCCUGAAAAGUUUCAAUCUAAAGAAACAAUGGAAACAAAAUCAAGCGGAGAAGUAGACGCGCUUGAGCAGGAGGACCAAACUAAUGAUGCUAUAGAUGUUGUUCAUCCUGAGGUUUCAGAAAUUCGAGGAUCAGCAACAGCUUCAGAGGGCGUAGUUAAACGUGCACGGGGGAGCCAUUUCCUGUCAUUAAGAGUCCUGGAAUGGAUUGAUAAGGAAAACAAUAUUGUGAAAGAAUAUGUUCAAUAUGACCCAGAUAGUGGAGAAGAAGGAACGGAAGGAUAUGAAGAAAUACUAGCUGAAAGGAGGGAAAUACGAGAGGAGGUAAAGAAACAUUACUCCUCAAGUGGUUGGAAUACUUCUUCUGGAAAACAGCUGAAGAGGAAGAAUCAUGUGAAGCAGAAAACGGUACCAGAGAAGAGGAAGAAGAGGAAGGGCAAAACCACUGUACCUGAGUCCAAAGCAGAAGUUCUUCCAGAGGGUUUUAAAAAGCCAAGAUAUAACAAAAAAUAUCGUGAAGAAAUAAUCGAUUCGAGGGUAAUGGUUUGGUGGCCAGAAGACCAACAGUUCUAUGAGGGUGUAGUUAAAACAUAUGAUCCAAUAAAGAAAGAGCAUAAGGUGGUAUAUCUGGAUGGUGAUGUAGAGAUUCUGAAUCUAGGAACAGAGAUAUGGUUACUUGGCGAGUCACGACCUUUAACAGAAAAAGAAAGAUGGGAGAAAAUACUAUGCUAG